AUAGCUCCUCCUCCUCCUCCCUUAUGAAUCAAUAUUCGUGAGGAAGCUUAUGUACGUUGUCUCGAAAGGUCAAUGGCGCCUAGAGAAAAAUUGAGCAACUAUGCUGCUGUGCUUGUUCUUUGUGCGUUAUGUCUACUUACAGUGAUGGCUAAUGCGAGUUCUAAUUGGUUAAACCAUGGAGGAGAUCUGUACAACAGGAGAUACGCCAAGGGAGAAAACAAGAUCAGCGCCAAGACUGUAUCAAGAUUGCGAUUGAAAUGGAAAUUCUUUGCGGGAAAAGACAUUACUGCAACACCCGCAAUUUUUCAUGGAAUCGUUUAUUUCCCGAGCUGGAACGGAAAUGUCUAUGCAGUAAAGGGUGCAGAUGGCUCUCUUGUGUGGAAGAAGAACCUGGGGGAGUUGACCGGCCUUAAUGCAACUGGAAUAGGAUUAAGUCAAGAUAUUAAUGUUACUGUGUCAAGAUCAACUCCAACGGUGGCUGGGAAGCUGCUUAUAAUUGGGAUUUAUGGGCCUGCCGUGGUUAUUGCGGUGAAACGAGCAUCCGGAGAGCUGGUGUGGUCGACUCAGUUGGACAGCCAUAAUGCAUCUCAAAUUACCAUGUCUGGAACCGUUUACAACAAAGCUUUCUAUGUGGGAACGUCAUCAGCAGAAGAAGCAUCUGGGGUGGAAGAAUGCUGCACUUUUCGUGGUAGCAUGGCGAAACUAGACAUCAACACCGGCACCAUCUUGUGGCAAACCUUUGUUCUUCCUGACAACCAAGGUAAAUUGGGAGGAUAUGCGGGCGCAGCUAUAUGGGGAAGUAGCCCUUCCAUCGAUGUAUCCAGGAAUCUGAUCUAUGUUGGCACCGGAAAUCUAUACUCAGCUCCUGCUCAUGUGACUGAAUGCCAGGAGAAGCAGAAUAAUCAGACAUUCCCAGCACAUCCCGACCAAUGUAUCGAACCGGAUAAUCACGAGAAUUCCAUCCUGGCCUUUGACAUGGAUACAGGGCACAUCAGAUGGUAUCGGCAGCUAGGAGGCUAUGACAUAUGGUUUUUAGCUUGUAACAAUCUUUCCACACCCAACUGCCCACCGGGACCCAAUCCAGAUGCCGACUUUGGGGAGGCCCCCAUGAUGCUUACUGUAUUUGUCAAUGGAACCAAACGAGAUAUCGUGGUUGCGGUACAGAAGAGUGGGUCUGCAUGGGCUCUGGAUCGCGAUAAUGGAAACAUCAUAUGGUCUACGGUGGCUGGGCCGGGCGGCAUAUCUGGAGGUGGAACUUGGGGGGCCGCCACCGAUGGGCGGAGAGUUUACACAAACAUUGCAAAUAGCGGACGGCUGAACUUCACACUGGCACCAUCCAAGAGAACAACGACGGCAGGUGCAUGGGUGGCAAUGAAUGCUAACAGUGGCAAGGUGCAGUGGUCCACCGCCAACCCUAGUAAUGCCACCUCCAACGGGCCUGUUACCGUGGCCAAUGGUGUCCUAUUUGCUGGAUCCACUGACACACGAGGACCCUUAUAUGCAAUUGAUGUCAAGACUGGCAAGAUCCUAUGGUCCUACGACACCGGCGCCACCAUAUACGGCGGUGUCUCUGUGAGCAAUGGCUGCAUCUACCUUGGCAACGGAUAUGGUGUAAAUGUUGGAAAGUUUUUGGGGUUUAAUUCUGGAACGUCGCUCUUUGCAUUUUGUAUCAAAUAAACUGCUGUCAUGUCAUGCUAGCUUAGCAUUUGCCAAGAAAAUAAUUAACUGCAUGCCCCCCGUAUUUUCAGUUAAUGAAAUAAUAAGAUGGCUUAAUUUGUUGGGUAGUCCCAGUUCUUUGGGAAC